AUGGAGAUUUUGAGAAAUUCCGAGCUUGGCCUUUCGGAUUUCUUUGAACUUUCGUUUGGCUUAGGACCAAUUGAAUUUGAUCCCACAAGCUUUGUGACAGAAGAACUAACUAUUGACUUAUUUACUUCGCUUAUUAAGCCUUCUUUGUGCGAAUCGAAUCCAAGAGGAAUUUUUCGCAACUUAUUUCCAUAUCUAGUUGAUUAUAUUAAUAGGACAAUUCCAUUAACUAGAUUUGCUAAUCAUGUAAAUGAUUUCAUUGACGAAAAUGACAAACUCAAAGAUCCACAAGGAAUUCUCCAACGAUUUAGAAAAUGUACUGGCAGAGAUUUUUUUAUAGCCUUCCUUGAUAAAAUUUCGAUAAAUUCUCUUCCAAAAUUACUUAAUGCUGUAAUUUAUGCCAAUAUUCCUAUUCCAAUUUUUCUACCGAAUGACAUGGUAAAUUUUGAAAAAGGUCUUAGAGUACUAGACGCGAUGCAUGAUAUAAUAGAUAUUGGAAAAUACCAUCUUUUCUUAUCUGUGAACCAAGGAAACACCAAAAUGAAAUCGCCAUUUACAAAACAAAUUUAUAAGUGUUAUUCAAAUAAUCGUGAAGAUCGUUUAGGUCUUUGCCAUCCUGGCUCUAUUGACAUCUCCUUUCAUGCUGCUUCUGAAGACAAUGAUCGACCUCCUUUAGCUAUUUCAGAAAUAUAUUAUGAUCAAACAAAUUCCCCAAUUUUUCAAAAUGUAGUUAAUGAAUUAUCAAAGGCAGCAUUUUAUGUUGUUAUUCACGCUUUUGAUAGUGAUUUUAAUAUAAUUGAACCAAAUGACGAAUUUAAAGCAGUUAUAAAUAACAUUUCUGUUGAAAGACAUGGCACGUGCUCUAGAACUAUUUCAGUUCUUUUUUGGGGACAACUUUUUCAUGAUCAAAUUCGAGUUGAGACUAUUACUGAAGAAAAAGAAUCAUUUUUUUUUGAAGAAUUCAAAGAAUAUUCAAUUCAGAAACUCUUAAUCACGCCAGAUCUUUAUUUGUCGACAACUGCUUUUCGUAACUUGUUUAAUAAAAAUUAUGAUUCGGAAGUUUCAUUCUCCACGUUGAUGGAAGCUACAGCUUUUAAUAGCCGUGCAGAUAUUUUUAAAGCUUCAUAUUUCUCUAACGAGAUAGAUGCACUUAAUGACAAAAUUCGAUCAAAGAAUUUAGAAGAUUCUGCUACUUAUAUGACGGAAGACGAGAUUAAUGAAGAAAUAAAAAAGCUUCAAGAAUUGCAAAAAAAUCUUUGUGGUUCUGAUCCAAUACCAGUUCUUAAAAAUUUUGCUCAAAUUGUUAAAAAGAAUAGCAUAACUUAUAUGCGUGAAUUUGCCCGUCAAGUUGAUACUUUCUUUAAAACACAUUUAAAUGAACUUGAUUUGAAAUAUAAUGAACUAAAUCAAAACGACCAAGAUAAUGAUCAAAAAAGUGAAAUAAAGCAGCAAAUAGAAGAUAGAAAUAUAACUAUUCAUGAUUUUUGGAAAGAAUUUAUUGUUUUAUCUCAGAUAAAGAAAAGAUAUUCAACAGCUUUAAAAUCAUUAUACAAUAUUGAUAAUACUCAACUCGAAACAGCAUAUAAAAGUUGGAUAUGUGAGGGCGAAGCAAUUCAAAUUCUAGAUAUUGGACCUGAAAACUCUGGUAAAUCUACGUUAUUAAAUUACCUAUUUCAAACUUCAAAUGGAAGACGUACUAAAGGUGUAUAUAUGUCAUAUCGGCAUACAAUCCAUAAUGGAAAAGAAACAGAUUUUUUGAUAUUAGAUUUUGAAGGAAUUGAUUCUAUAACUGAGAGAUUAAUCUCUCAACGUAAUGAUUUUGAUAAAAAAAUUACAUUAUUAGCUACUUUGUGUUCUCAAAUCUUGAUUCUCAAUGUUAAAGAUAUUACUGAAGACAUUUCUGAUAUUCUUAAAAUUUCUUCUUAUCAUUUGGAUACUUUAAUAAAACGAAAUUUUAAGCCAAGAAUCAAUUUUGUAUUACGCGAUAUGAUGGAGGUGGACACUAGAAACGCUCAACAAUAUGCAUUUAAUAAUAUUCGUGAAGGCCUGAAAAAGAUGUUUAAUGAAAUUCCAGGAUGUGCUUACAACAUGGAAAAUCUUAUGAUGUUGGAAGAAAAAAACAUUCAUUUAUUAGAAAAUGCUUUUUCUUGCACUUUUGAUGAGUUUUACCCUAAUACCCAACAAAUUGAUCAAAGUGACCAUGAAAAUUUCUAUUAUCCUACGGUGUCCAAGCUUAGAGAAGAGUUACUUGCACCUACAUUGUCCUCAAAUGAGAAUGAAUUUCAUGAAUAUAAAAACAUUGACGAAUUCAUUACAUAUAUACAAACUAUUUGGAAAGAAAUUGAUGCACGUGGAAAAUUCCUUCAUUACAAAAAUUUCAAAAUGAUACAUCAGUGGAAUUCAAUACGAAAGUUAGUUAGCGUUAAUGACGAAUCAUUUAUAAAAAUUUAUAAAGAAGAAAUUUCAGACUUAAUAGAUGAAAUCGAAUCUGAUCAAUGGUCUAAAGAUCAAGAUAUUAAAUUUGAAGAAGCUCUUACUAAAGUAACGAAUACAUUAUGUCAACAGACGAUUUCUAAUUUCCUUGAAAAUGCACCGGAUGAGUAUGAUCCUACAUUAAUUGAAAAAGGAAUGACUUAUAUUCACUCAGCAUUUGCAUCAGAGAAACGUAAACUUCAAGCAACUUAUACAAUAAAACGUCGAAAGUUCAAGGAUUCAUGGCUUAUCGAAUCUGCAAAAGCAAAGAUCAGUGAAAAUAUCAAACAAGUACUUAAAGAAAAAACUCCAGGAAAAGUUAAAAAGAACUUGUUAGAAUGUGAUCAUUAUUUUAAUACUGAAUGGGAGUAUAUAGAAGCAGAUAAGAAUAAUUUUAUUCAUAGUAUGUCAUUAGAGACAAAGGCAUUAGAGGAGCAGGUAGUUACAUGUUUCAAUAAAGCUAUUACAGAUGGAAUAAGUUUAGUCGGUUCCGAUGAUAAAACAAAGGAUAAAUUUGAUAGAAAUUUUUGGUCUAAACUCGAGAAACCAGCAACUCUAGUACAAUCAAAGUUUUUAAAGAAUACAGAAUUCUUAAAAAGUUUUGAUUUUAAAUUCGUCGUAGAAACAAAUUCAAGCGGGAUAGCUGGGUAUAUUAAUAAUGCUAAAAAAGGCAUUUCAAAACAAUCUGCUAUCAGAACAAUUAAGACAUCUAUUAAGAAAACUUGUAAACAAAUUGUUAAUGAAAUCCAAAAUGAGAAUACGUUAAUGAUUGAAUUCGAUCAAGCAUUAGAAUGGAUCCAGAGAUUAUGUGAUAAUAUUUUUAUUACUUUACAGAAUGAAUUAAAUAGUUCUCAGAAUAAUUUGGUUGUUAAAAUAGAUGGGUUUAAAUCAAUAGAGCAAUAUUUACGACUUAAAGUUUUUAAAAGGCUGGACGCAAAUACUAAAAAAUGGAAAGAUAUACAACAGAAAGAACUUGAUGAAUAUAGAAAAAAUUUGUGGAAGUUCUUUGUUGAAUUAAAAAGUGAUACAUAUUAUGAAUAUUUAUCAAGCAACUUUUUUGAACUCAUUUUUCAAUCUUUUGAAAAACAGUUAAAUAAUCCCUAUAAUUUUGUUUCGGAACUUAUGGAUAAAUAUUUUAAUAGUGAUAAUUAUAAUAUUACAAGAAUCGCAUAUGAACGAAGUUUUGGAUCUCUUAGUGUAGAAAAUUGUCGUAAUUAUAUUGAAAAUCCAAUUAAAUUUAUGAAAAAAAUAUUUGAAGAAGAGAUUAGAAUUAUUAAAGAUAUUAAAAUAGGUGAAAAGCUUGAAGAAAUUGAAGAGAAUAUUAUUAAUACUAUUCCGAAUGAAGUCAAGGAAAUAAUUUCAAAAUCAAAACAAUAUUAUUCUUCUCGACCUAUGCAUGAAUCUUCUUAUAUAUGCCCUAAUAUUGAACAAAUUCUUCGCUCAUCAAAGGGAACACUUUUGGAAAUUCUAAUGAAAGAUAAACCUCAAGGUACUGACACUAUUUUAAAGUGUGUUGUCAAAUAUCCUUCAAGAUUUUUGGCAUGCCUAGAAGAAAAGAUUGACAAAGUGUUUUCAGAAUUUGAAAAUAAGUGGAAAAAUAAACUUAAAAAUCAUUGUAAGACAUCAAUGAUAAUCAAAGUUGAAAAUUAUCGUUCAUUAUAUUGUAAUAGAGUUAUUGGAUGUCAAGAACGGUGUCCAUUAUGUGGAUCAAAAUGUGAAUUGGCGGAUCAUGAUUCUGAUAUACCUCAUAAAGCAUCAAUACAUUUAAUGGUUAGUUUUAAUGGAGUAAAAAAUAAGUCAAAUGAAGCAAGCUUGAAUAUAUGUACUGAUUCAGUAUAUCAAAGUGAUACAUGUGAUGAAUUUCAUGGUCAUUCAUUUGGAAAUUAUAUUCAAACAUGUUAUCCAAAAUGGUACCCAAUUGAUCCAAUGGAUACUAAUGAAGAUCAAUUAAAACAACUUAGAACUAUGUGGAUACUUUUAAAGAGUGAAUUAUGUAAUAAACAUGGUAUGGUAGAUGCUACACCUCCUCAUUGGAAUGCAUAUUAUUCUCAUCUUACAUAA